GCUGGGCCCUCGAGUCGUUCCUGGCCCUCGGCGUACGCCACGCAAAAUCCAAUAGUCGCCUCUGGUUCCGUGUAGUACCGCCCGCGCGCCCAGCGAUGCCUCUUUGGCCCUCCUCGACGUGUACCUCGAGCCGACCGACGAGCCCCGCACCGAAGCCCGCCUGAGCCCAGGGGAAGAGUCGCUGGCGCGGCGCGAGCCGCGGGAGUCGAGAAACCCGCCGAAGCAGCUGGGCCCGAGCGCCGCCGAGCACCUCCGAGCACCUCUAUGCGCCUCCGAGCGCCCAGGCGAGCCAGCCCAGAGCGGAUAAAGAUGCGCGUCCCGCCGCGCUUCCCGUCGCGCUUCCCGUCGCGCCUCCCGGGACGCCUCUCGCCCUGAGCCGACGACCCUCCGAGCCGAGCCGGGUCCACCGCGCGAGCAUCUCCGCGAGGCCCGCCCGCGGUUUCGGCGCGGCCGGCGCGACCGCGCCAAAGCCCGCCAUCCCAGCCCCGGAUUCGGACCUGUCCGGACCCGUCUGGACCCAUCCGGACUCAUCCGGACCCCGAGGGACCGCCCGCCAUCCUGCUGACGCGCGACGCCCGCCGGAGUUAAUGUUUACCCGGGAGAUUGCGUAACGAAGCGGCGCGCUGGGAAUAAGCGACCAGCCGAGAAGAAGAGUCUGAGAGCUCGGAGGAGCACCCCGAGUGGGCCCUCCAAGGACGAGGGCUGCUCCUGUCCCGGAGUCGGAGGUACGUAGAGACCCAGGGUCUCGAGUCGAUCGGCUCCCAAAAGGAUCAUCCGGAUCGUCCCAGUUGUUCGUGCUGCAUAGAUCGGAGGAUCGAAGCACCAGCCUUGGCAGCUCCCCGGAUCAUUGCGUAAUCCAGAGGCACGGGGUCUCGGAGACUUCGAGAGAUCCUCGCGGAACGCUCCUGAGUGGUCGAGCAUACGAGAAUAACAAAAGGUUUUAUUAUAGGUGUUCAAAUGUGAUUUGAAAUGAAACGAGUUCGCGGGGUGGACGAACUAGCAUCGACAGCUGCAGCGACGUCGAAGCACUCGUCGGCCGUCGGCGGCGGCGGUGGGGGGAGCAGCGUGGGCGGCGGGAGUGGGGUGGAGUACCAUCCGGCGAGCGGCCACUCCGCGGCCGGCCACCCGGCCGGUCACUCGGCAGCCGCGGCACCGGGGGGCCACGCGGCCCCCGCAGGAGGCGUCGGGGUCAGCGUCAACGUGAGCACCGGCGUCGGAGCGGGACUCACCGUCAGGCCCGUCCCUGCGGCUUCGAAGGACAUGCCGGGCAGCGUGCAAUUCGGCCAGGUGCAGACGCAGCAGCAGUACACCGGGGCGAUCGUCGUCCCGACCGCCGUGGCCUCCGCGGUGAAGGUGCACUCCGGCAGCGCCGCGCCCCUGGCCACCACCCCUCCCGGGGGCAACACUCUGAGCGGAGGCAGCGGCUCCCAGCAGUUUCAGAGGCUCAAGGUCGAGGAUGCGCUCUCCUACCUGGACCAGGUCAAGUACAAGUUCAACGACCAACCGCAGGUGUACAACGACUUCCUGGAUAUCAUGAAGGAGUUCAAAUCGCAGAGCAUCGACACACCCGGCGUCAUCACCCGCGUGAGCCACCUCUUCAAGGGCCACCCCGAGCUGAUCGUGGGGUUCAACACCUUCCUGCCGCCCGGGUAUAAGAUCGAGGUCCAGGCCAACGAGCAGGGCUACGCCUUCCAGGUCUCCGUCAGCAUGCCCAGCCCCACGGCGACGCACACGGCCACGCUUUCUCAGCAUCACUGCACCGUCAACGUGGGGUCGCCUCCGGUCGCCAGUCCGCCGACGCAGCCCGCCAAGGCUCCCGUCCUGCAGAUCAUGCAGUCGGGCAGCAUACACCACACCCUGACGAACAACAUCUCGAGCAACAGCCUGACGAUCCACGCACCCUCGCCGCCACCGCCGCCGGUUCCGUCCUUCAACAACUCGCACGUGAGCGCGGCCCAGGCUCAGGCCGUCAGCCAGGCGCUCUGCCAGGCCCAGGACGGCGUGCCCACCAGUGGACAGACCCAGCAGAGCCAGCCCGUGGAGUUCAACCACGCCAUCAACUACGUCAACAAGAUCAAGCACCGGUUCCAAGGCCAGCCGGACAAAUACAAGCGGUUCCUGGAGAUCCUGCACACCUACCAGAAGGAGCAGCGCAAUCUGAAGGAGUCGAGCCACGUGGGGGGCGCCGGGGUCGGCGGGGUCGCCGGGACCGGGAAGCACCUGACGGAGGCCGAGGUCUACAGCCAGGUCGCCAAGCUCUUCGAGAACCAGGAGGACCUACUCGCCGAGUUCGGCCAAUUUCUGCCGGACGCGACGAACCAGCACGGUGCCCUGUCCGGCGUGUUUCAGGGCAACAAGGGCGGCGCGGUCAACGACCACGCGGCCGCGGUUAAGAAGUCCCUGGGCCUGAAGGCGACGUACAACAACUCGGGAACCGUCUCGAGGGAACAUCGCGAACCCGGCGGAAACACCGGCACCCUGGACCGGGAGCAUCGAGAGCACCGGGAACACCGGGAGCGCGACCGGGAGAGGGAGCGCUCGGGCGCCAGAGAUCUUGGGACGGGGCAGAAGUUCGGGCACAAUACCGGCCAGCUGAAGAGGAGCCCCUCGUUCUCGACGUCGGUCGGUUCCGGAAACUCCCACCAUAACCAGCACGGCCCCCCGCCCCCGAAGAAGCAUAAGGUCGCCUCCCUCAGAGACGUCAGCAUGGCCGAGGCCGCCAAGUACGGAAGCCUCAACGACUACGCCUUCUUCGACAAGGUUCGCAAGGCUCUUCGCUCGCAGGAAGUCUACGAGAAUUUCCUGCGCUGUUUGGUGCUCUUCAACCAGGAGAUAGUUUCCAAGGCCGAGCUGGUCCAGCUGGUCAUGCCGUUCCUGGGGCGCUUCCCGGAGCUACUGCGAUGGUUCAAGGAGUUCCUGGGUCAUUCGUCCGAUCCCGUCGCCGGGACUCCCGCCAACUCUACCGCGCUGGGUAUCGAGAUCCUCUCCAACAACGUCGUCAGGGCGCAUCAGGAGAGACCUCAGGGCGACCUCGCCAUGGAGAUCGAUUACUCGGCUUGCAAGAGACUGGGAGCCUCGUACUGCGCCCUGCCCAAGUCCUACGUCCAGCCCAAGUGCACCGGCAGGACGCAGCUCUGCAAGGACGUCCUCAACGACACCUGGGUCUCCUUCCCGACCUGGUCGGAGGACAGCACCUUCGUCACCUCGAGGAAAACCCAGUACGAGGAGUUCAUCUAUCGCUGCGAGGACGAGCGCUUCGAGCUCGACGGCGUGAUCGAGACCAAUGCCGCGACGAUCCGAGUCCUCGAAGGGGUCCACAAGAAGAUGGGCAGGAUGAACCCCGAGGAGCUGCAGAAGUUCAAGCUGGACGACUGCCUGGGCGGCUGCUCCCCGACGAUCCACCAGCGCGCCCUGAAGAGGAUAUACGGUGACAAGGCCGCCGACAUCAUAGACGGCCUCAAGAAGAACCCCGUGGUCGCGGUCCCGGUCGUCCUCCGACGACUCAAGACCAAGGAGGAGGAGUGGCGGGAGGCCCAGAAGGGCUUCAACAAGAUCUGGAGGGAGCAGAACGAGAAGUACUACCUGAAGUCGCUCGACCACCAGGGCAUCAAUUUCAAGCAGAACGACGUCAAGGCCCUGAGGUCGAAGAGUCUGCUCAACGAGAUCGAGACCCUCUACGACGAGAGGCACGAGCAGGUCGACGACAACGGCGGCGAGGGUCUGAACAACGGCGGACCUCACCUGGUUCUGUCCUACAAGGAUAAGUCGGUCCUCGACGACGCCGCCAACCUGCUGAUCCACCACGUCAAACGGCAGACCGCCAUCCACAAGGAGGACAAGCACCGCAUCAAGCUGCUGCUCAAGCACUUCGUUCCCGACUUGUUUUUCCACCCUCGUCAAGAGCUCAGCGACGACGAGCGCGACGAGGACGACGAGAAGGAGGACGCGGACUCGACGAACGCCAACAACCUGCAGACGACGAACGCCUCGCUGGGCACGACCGUCGGAGGCCUCCGGAACAGCCGGGGCAACGCCCUGGAGUCGCCGGUCCUCUCCUCGGCGACGAUCAAAACGGAGCCGGACGUCAAGGUGCCCCUCCACGCCGUUUCGAGCGACCCCGAGGAGGCGUACACCCUCUUCAUGGGCAGCAACAACUGGUAUCUCUUCCUGAGACUGCACCAGAUCCUCUGCGAGAGGCUGACGAGGGUCUACGAGCGGGCGAUCGCCCUCGCCGCCGAGGAAUCUCGGUACAAGCAGCAGCGGAAGGAGAGCACGGCGGUGGCUCUCAGAUUGAAGCCGAAGAAUGAAAUCGACAUCGAGGACUACUACCCCGCCUUCCUCGACAUGGUGAAGAACGUCCUGGACGGGAACAUGGAGAGCAUGGCCUACGAAGACACGCUUCGCGAGAUGUUCGGCAUCCAUGCCUACAUUGCGUUCACGUUGGACAAGGUGGUGACCUACGCGGUGCGACAACUGCAGCACCUGGUCUCGGACUCGAUAUGCCAGCAGUGCAUGGAGCUGUUCCAGAGGGAGCAGAGGCAACCCAAGGAGAACGGCGGGGCCGGCGGUUUGUGCGCCACGGCCCACCUCAGAAUCGCGGCCGAGGCGAGCUACCAGCGGAAAGCGGAGAAAGCCAUGGCCGACGAGAACUGCUUCAAGAUAUACAUUUACAAGAAGGAUUGCAAGAUGACGAUAGAGCUGCUGGAUACCGAGGGAGAGGAGACUACGGAAGGUAGCUGUAGAGACAGGGAGAGGGAGAGAGAGGGAGUACCGUCGACCGAGAAAUGGUCGAGCUAUGUCGAAAGAUUCUCGACCUCCGCGGGUCAGGAAAGUCCGAAGGACAAUCUAACGACUGCGGACGAACCUCCAGCCAGCCAUCUUGUGAGUAACGACCAGGCAGCACGGGGGGGAAGAGGCAGAAAGCGCAAGAACACAGAUAUUAAUAAGAAGAUCGACGGGAACGGCUGGAGCUCCCUGGGCCGGAUCCUUUCUGGUCGCAAGCCCGUCUUCCUCUACAGGAACGUCCGCCAAUGGCGGAAACGCGCAGCCAGGGCGACGAGGCCGUCCCAGGCCGAGGUUCCCCGUGCCGAGAAGGUGCCCGACCUGGCCGCAUCCGCGAAGUCGCCAGACCCCGUCGAGGCGAUCCUGAAGAGGCAGCAACAGCCGCAGCAGCCUCCCCUCAGGCUGGCGGAUGCCGCGGAGGGGUCCGACGUGGUCUCCUCGGGGGACGUCCAGUGCAGAUUCAACCCCAACAGCUACCACAUGCUCUACGUCGCCAGCAAGGAGGCUUUCCUCUACAAGCGGAACUCCUUCACCAGGGCGAGAGAGUGCCAUCCUACCGUGACGAAGAACCUCAACUCCAAGUUCCACCGAUGGCUGGCGAGCUGGGCCUCCAGGAACGUGGCGGACACCCAGCACCGCCUCUGCCAGGACUGGCUGAUGGGCCGCUACGAGAACCUGAUCCCGCACAGGACGAGGGUGGUCACCGACAACGACCAGACCCGCUCGCCGUACCGGCAGUACAACCGCUACCGGGUGGAGCGUCUUCAGCCCGAGCUGUCCACGUAAGGGUCCUCUUCGAAGAGGCACGAGAACUUGGCUCUCGGGAGGACGAGGACGAUCCUCGCUCACCCUUUCGGUGUUGGGUGAAACGGUGCACGUUUUAAGGUCCUCCUCGAGGUUGCGUCCAGAAGAGAAGCGUCUCUUCCCGGGCGCGUCUCAAGGAGAAGACGUUCACGAGAAGGUUCUCGUCGCGGACGAGAGGAAGGAAAGCCUCGCCGAGCGGACCCUCGUCGACCCUCGAAGGACGGGCCGAAGAAGAGGCUGACGAGGGGAGCACCGUCGAUCGAGGCAUCGCCGAACGUCACGCGGAGACACACACACAUUCUAGCGUAUAGUCGCGAGACUCGUAUACAUAUAUACAUACGCAUAUAUAUAUAUAUCGGUAUCGCGCGGAGUCGGGGUGCCCUCUUUGGCGUUCGCGCUCUCGCUCUCGCCCGUGGGACGCGUCGUUCGGCGCUCUUGCAUUUCCCCCGAGUUUCCUCGUUUCCUCGUUUCCUCGGGAACGCGACGCGAUUACUUUCCGCGCGCGGAGUAAUCUAUGUAGAUUAGGUUUAAGGAGGUAGGUUGACGCGGUCCUUUUUCAUUUCUUCCCUUUCUUUCCCCUUCGCGGAGGUGCAGAGGCGCGCCGGUUGUACAGUCCGGGAUUCUCGAUUCGUAAUUCCCAAUUCCCAAUUUCGAAAUUCGCGGAGAGAAGGAGAGAGAGAGAGAUCGCGUCUCGCCGGGCUCCGUGGCUCGGCCGGUGUACGAUAUCCUAUGAAAUUUCUAUUCUUUUAAAAACCCCUUGGCAAUCGACUCGAGGUUGUCCUCUCUCUUUCUCUCGGCGAGGCCCCGAAGGCGCGAUCUUCCGCCGACGAUCGCGAGGCGCGAGGAGGAGGAAGAAAUUGCCCUCGACUUCUCGUAGCGAAGGCGCGUUCGCUCCUCGUGCUUCCCGGGCCUUUUCCAAGGGCAGUUUUUCUACAUCGACAUCGACUCUACUUAGCUAUUUUUAUAAGCAUCUAGGUGUAGACCCCCAAACGCGCGGCGAGCUCCCUUCGGGUUUCCGCCGUUCAUUUACAGUGUGUUUAGUUAUUAAUUCCUUUGUGAGGUCCUCGGACAUCGUUCGAAUGAAAUAUACCAUGAAAUGGG